AUGGCGUCUUACCAGAGGUUGUUUCUCCCCCUACUACUGCUGCUUCUUGCUCUUAUGCACCAUUUGUCCAUCCCACUCUUCUCAUGCGGAAUUUUGAAUGAAGCUACUUCCCCCCUAGCUGGCCGUUCCAGCGAUGCCAAUCAACAUGCUGAAAAGACGCAACUAAUAAAUUCCAUAAAAAAAAAAACCAACCAAAUUAGAAAAAUGUAUAACGCAUUAAACAAGAAAAACGUAACCCUACCUCUUUACCUUUUUGCAAAUGACAAAGAUGAGGAAAAAAGACAAAUGCUGAAGGAUCUCUUCUUGAGGGGUCACAUGGAUUUCCUGCAGGGCCUCAACACCCCUUUGUCGAAAUACUACCUGUCCAUGCGUAGCACGAGGAGGGCGCACCGCACACAAGUGGACACAAAAAUACGCAAGGAACGGGACCUCAUCAACGGUCUAAGCUUGGAAAAUAAAAAAAGACACGUUGAGGAAAAACUGCGGGAGUAUCGAUUUUUAAAAGCCAACCUUCUGCAGCUGCACUCUACCAUAGGUAUGGGCUCCGCAGUUACAACAGCCCUAAUCGCUUCUGGCUAA